UAACUAAACGAAACCUACGAGCGCAGAAAGUUUAUACAUGUAUCGUGGUAACGUAUAACUAUGAGAUUGCGGUAGUCAACACACGAUUUAGUCUGAAAGCAUGGAGGAAUUCAACACAACUGUUCGUAUAUCGGGUUUCGUGUUGAGUUCACUGAUGUUUCAUCAUUUGAACAAUGAUGCGGAUGUGGAAGGUCUUAUUCUUGGAGAGAGUGUGGGAGAGGAGAACUGCAGGAUCACCGACUCUCAAAUUGAUUCCAUACAGUUUGAGCACACUCUAAAUGUUCAGAAACACAUCCCGUGUCAUAAACUCCACAGCUUCUACAGUAAUGUUGGUGAUGUCAGUGAAGAGAAAAUAAGACACAUUUUGUCUGAUUACCAAGAGGAGAAUGUGAUUGGUUGGUACAGACAACGAAGAAACACCAGGCAGCAAAUGACUUUCAUGGAACAAGUAGUUCAUCAGAAUAUGAGAAAGAUUUUGUCCGAUCAGGAACUUGUUUUCAUGCUGCUCACACCGUCUCAGGGAACAGCAUCCGGCUCCACUCAUCGACUUGAGUUCUCAGCUUUCAUAUGGCACAGCAGCCAGUACAUCAACAUCCCCAUCUUUGUGAGCAACCUGGGAAACCUUGAACAACAGGACUACUGGAGAGUGUCAGGCACAUGUCCGUCUUUAGGACGGAGUGAAGCUGUUAAUCAACACAGGACAAAAUUCUUCUGCUCAGGGGAUGAUUUAAAAGAGGUCAGAAAUAUCAGCAGCAUGAAUGAUGGCUUAUUAGGAGAAAUGCAGAAAGUGUGUAAGGAAGUGGAGAAGAGUGAAAGAGCUGUAGAGAAGCUUCAAGAAGACAUCAAACAGCUCAAGGAGGCAAUGAAGGAACAGAAGAAACACUCGGAGGAAAAGGAAACCCAAAAACAUGCGUCUCCAGAUGGACUCAAAGAGAAUGUACUUCUGUGCUCCGCUCUCAGAACGCUGUUCCCCGAUGCGCCUUCAUUACGGACACAAACCCUCACUGUUCAGGGUCUCCCUGUAUUAGAACUGUGCUGUAAUACUGACCAUAACAUUGAUAUUCCCACCAAGCUGCCUCUGAUUCUGGAGAAUCAACGCCCCAGAAAGGAGGACACGGCCCCCCGACUCAGGAAAAAAUGCCUUGCCUCUGGCUAUCCUCAAAGACUUAAAAGGAAGAGGAAAACUAAAAACACCAGCGAGUCUGCAUCUGACAGCGGGUCAGAUACAGAGAUCGAGAUGAACGGACAGAGCAAAAGUAUCUCUCCUACCUUUUAAAGAAGGAAACCGAGCCUGGUUUUAUUGGUACUACAAUCUAGCCACGACUGGAAAGCAUUACACAUUUUAAACCUAGAGGUUGCCUUUAAUCGUAAUAUGCGUUGUAUUUUGUUAAUUGUUUAGUAUCAUUUUCUUUUUUAAAUUGAAUUGUAAAUGUUUAUGAAUUCCUUAAAUUAAACACUGAAUUCACA